GAAACGGUGAUGAUCAGGUGUAGUGUUUCAGGUCACCAGGUUGUUCCCUGGUAAUGACAUCCAGCCGGGAUUGCGAAGGUAGCUUCACGGCUACGAGAAUCUUCGUCUGUUUUUCGUGCGGAUUCCUCUUCUUCUUCUGUGGAGUGGCAUCGCAAUUCAAUGACAUCAGGCCCAGGCCGAUUUUAUUUUCCGACGACAAAACAUUAGCGGAGGUGAUACUUGAUGAAAAUGGUGACAUGAUACAUUGCAGACUCCAUGAAAUGGAGGAAUCAUCUGAUGCGGAGGCCAUCAUCAAAGGCAGCGGCCUAGAUGUCAAAUAUCCAAGUUUCAAAACCAUGCUCCAGCUCAUCAACAACUGCACUAGGUUGGCGAUGCCAUCGAUCAACGCAACGAUGGUUGCGACAACCGAAGCUCCAGCAUCUCACUUUUGGUCACCGUGGGCUAAUAUGUGGAAUGGAAUAAUGCCCGGCACAAAAUGGUGUGGAGUCGGAGACAUUGCAGAAUCUUUCGAGGAACUAGGAAGUCAAGCCGACGUGGAUGCUUGCUGCAGAGCACACGACCACUGCCCAGUCAAACUGAAGUCAUUCAGGGCGGGAUAUGGACUGAUAAACUUAUCAUUGUAUACAAAGUCUCACUGUGACUGCGACAAGGAAUUCUACGGUUGUUUGAAAGGUUCAGAGAACAAAUUUGCUGAUGUGGUUGGAAAUUUUUAUUUCAAUAUCAUGCGAAUGCAAUGCCUCAAAGAACACAGACCUUUCAUCUGCGUUGAGAACAGAACGGAUGUUGAUGGCGGUCAGCGUUGUGUCAAGUGGAGUGCAGAUCCAAACAGCAAAAAAAUGCAAGUUACAUUAACCCAUCUGAAAUAUUGAAGUCAACAAGCGAAGAUGGUACAAGUCAAGCAAUUUUUGGAUGUGUCACAUACCAGCCGAAUCUACUGCGUUUUUCGCAGUGUGUCCAGGUUUUCUGCUCAGGUUCGACUUUAUCCUGCGGCUUAGCUAAAAAUUAUAAGAAAACAAUUGCUACAAUUUUGGAAGAGAUUGAGUGCUACCAAAAAUGGUAAAAUUAGUAAAAAUGACUUUUUUUUUUCAUUAUUUAAUUUAUCUAAAAGUUUUAAUAAUUAUGUCAGUGUUGAUUAAUGUCGAUUUUAUCAUAGCCUCAUUACUUGAAAAAGUUCUUUUAUUUUUUGUUUCCACACUUAUGUCCUGUGUUAUCGUGAAAGACCGAAAUUUGAUAGGGUCGACUUUCUCCUGUGAUUCACCGGAAAUAUUCGGUCUUUCGACGAUGUUUUUGGAGUGGGAAUGUUGAUAUUCAGACUAUUCUCAACAUCUACCGGAUUUCGGACUUUCACACAGGCCCAUCAUUUGUGCGAUCGAGGGGACGGGAUCCCCCCCCCCCCUUUUUUUAAAGCGAAAUGUCAUUGUAAAUUUUGCAUGUACACAGACCCGAAUCUAUAAAUUUUGGAACCCCCUGCAUCAAAACCUCACAGGCCAGCAGUGUAUAUCGCUCAUGUGGAAGGAGAUGAGUGCCUCAAUACGAUGAAUUGAAAUUUUACAGAAGCGUUUAAAGUUUAACUCUUCAGGAAAUUUUCUAUGCUCUCCAGUGAUUAAUAUCACAACAAAAACCUGUCAUUAUUUUCCAAAAAAGAUAACAUAAUUUGGGUUUCCAAUGCUUAUUUAGCUUUGUUAAAAGCUAGGAAAUAAAAGAUGUUUCUUUUCAUUAAGACCUUAGUUUGAAUUAAAAAAAAUUUCAACGAAAUUCCGAUAUGAUUUGGAGUGCAACUUUCACACGCCAUACAGUUCGAGGCUGAAUUGCUUAUUAAAUUUUAUUUCUGUUAUAAUUUCAUUAGUUUUCUCAUAUGUAAUAUUUGUAAGUAUUGGAAAACGUUUGAAACAAAAAAUUUAACUGAUCAAAAAAUAUAGUAACACCUGAAAAGUUCACUAACAAAAAUCGGCGAUUUCUGUACUUACAGCUGCUUCAACUUAGCAGCAAUCAUUCAGAAGAAAACUUAUUUCAUCAUAAUGAACUCGUAGGAUACAUCAAAUAUCAGAAAUGCAUUGUAAAGACCAAUCCUUAUAAAACAUUUGUAUCAAGAAAGGUUUUAUUAAAUAA